AACAAGUUGCAAACGCGUUUUCAUUUCCCCUGCUGUUGGUUGCUGGGCUGACCUGGAUUAUAAUCCAGCGUUCAGGAAUCAGAGGGUGGAACCGGGGAAAUGGUUUGUUUGCUUUAUCUGACGAGGGAACAACCCGUGUUCGGAGAAUGUUUUCCGUUGGCGAGCCUUUUCGGGAAUCGGAUUUUUGUUUCGAAUGAAAAGGUUUUUGUUGAAAGAGAAAUUGUUGAAGCAAAUUGUUUGUUGUUUGACGAUUCAACUCACAGGCGAAACUUGUGCGUUCGUUGGCUUUUGAUUCGCGGUAUUUCAUUGAUUCGCCGGCACAUUGUCAUUCAGCUAUGGGUAAUUGUAUUACGAAACAACCAACCCAACAAGGAAACAAACAUGUAGCUUUUUAAAUACAGAGGACUUCCUUCCCUAACAAAAACCCACCACAAACAUCACGAAUCAUCACUAGCACCUACAGCACCAUCGUCAUGGAGGAAACCCGCCGCUCCCGGAAGGAUCUCAAAAAGACCCACGCCGACUCGUGGCCUAGCCGUGCCUCGCUUCCGGCGAGUCCCAAAAUCAUCAAAACCACCGAAGACGACCCGGAGGCCAACAGCGACGUGUUCGACUACUGCCAGUCGUCGUCGCAAACCUCGUCCAGUGUACAGUACGAGUACGGGGCCAUUAGUCCGCGGUUUGAACGAAAGCGCUUCGAAUACUGCUACCCGACUGUGUCCAAAGAGGACUUCUCCAACAGCAUAUCACUCGAUAAUCAUGACAUAGAUCGUAAGAAAAAACGAAUUUAUCCCAGCAAAACGCCCGACAAUUCGCUGGAAAAUGAACCAAUUCUGGACGAGUCAAACGCCAGCAGCAGUUCAAGGGCAGCCAAGUCUCCAGGCCAUUCGCCUCGUCACUCUCGCCGACAGCUCAACAGCGAGAUCAACAUCACCUCCAACCCCGGCUACCAGGUCCUUCGAAGCUCCCACUCAACGUUGGAUCGCACGUGCUCGGACAGCGUGGUGUCGUUGAAUUGUCACAAAUCGACCAGCGAUUUAACGCAGACGACGGCAGAAGCGACGGCGAUGACAACCAUGGGAGCGAUGCCCGGCCGAAAAGGUCGCCGGAGGAGCAGCCACAAGGGCGGUGGGUUGGCCUAUUUGGCCAGCCGGAAGGGUUCGCGCGAUUCAGUGAAGAGUGGGGCUUCCAACACGUCAGUGUUUUCCAAUGAAGAUGUGGGCCCGUUGGCGUUUCAGGCAUCGGCGAGGGGCCGCCAGCGGAGGACAUCGAACUUUUUGGAACUGCCCAUCCCGGACCAUGCGAGGCCACGCGUUUGCUCCCUGCCCGAACGUCCGUACAAUCCCAGGCAGAGCGAUGACCUGUAUCGACUGAGGCAUUUCUCCAUCAGCAAGGGAACGGUGGUCAACUGUGGGGAUUCCAUCAUAUCGCGACGGUCCAGAAGUAAUACUAGCGUGAAUUCCACGGCGAGUCGUGCCAGCGAACGAUCUCCCUUCGAAGGUUCGUGCUGUGGAGGAGGUUACGCCACGGUUGACUCGUUGCCUUCGUCGCCAAACGCCGAGGAAGACGACAGCGAACCCAUCCCAACGAGGUACCGGGUGGUGAUGCUCGGCGACUCCGGAGUUGGCAAGACGGCGCUCGUUUCGCAGUUUAUGACGUCGGAGUACAUGCACACGUACGAUGCCAGUCUGGCAGAUGACGAAUUUGGCGAGAAAACCGUUAGCAUUCUGCUGGAUGGCGAAGAGUCCGAGAUGAUAUUUAUCGAUCACCCGAAUGUGGAGAUGAGUGUGGAGAACUCGUUAUCAACAUAUGAACCUCAUGCCUGCGUCGUUGUUUACUCGAUCGUGGACCGAAACACGUUCCGGGUCGCCGAGGAGAUCCUCAACUAUCUGUGGUCGGAGAAGUACACCAAGGAGAAGGCGGUCAUCAUCGCGGCAAACAAGUCCGAUCUGGCCCGGUCCCGGGUGAUCAACACUUCAGAGGGAAAACAGUUAGCCACCUCCCGAGAGGCGAAAUUUAUUGAAACGUCCAGCGGAAUCCAGCACAACGUGGACGAGCUGCUCGUGGGUGUACUGAAACAGAUUCGCCUCAAGGAGCAACGUGAGAAACGGGCCAGCGCGACCAACCUGCGAAAUUCCCGAACCCAGAUGUCGCUGCACAUUGCCAAGGAAAUCCUGCACAAGAUUUGUCUCACCGACAUAACCAAGUCCAAAAGCUGUGAAAAUUUGCACGUUCUCUAAGAGGCUGGCGGAAUCCACAAAAUCAACCAAAGCAGGGUAAAAUGAAAGUGAAAUUCCAUUUGCUGUUACCUAACGAUAGUAUGCCAACUUCCUCGCACAUUUCUUUUUUUUCCGUCUUCGAGACUGUUGUAAACUCACUCAUUGCCAAAGCAGCUUGUGUAGCAGCGGUAGUGAAAAAAAAAACUAUAAACCCAUAUUUAUAAACUACCCCAAGCUCCCAAACUGCGUUGCUUCCAUCGUGUGAAAUGGGAAGAACGACGGGAAAAAAACAAGGCAAGCAAACCUCCCAAUCCAGAGUAGGAUCCGUACUUUGAAUGUAAACCUAGUUAGUCUAAUACCCCAAUUAUUAUGCUGUCGUAUGUGAUUGCGGCAACCGGAAAAUAGAGCAAUGAGAACGCAGAAGUCGUAAACCUACAUCCACCCGUUGAGACGCGUAGACUGACAGUGGCGUGUUUACGUACAUUGGUGCUGAAAUGUAUGAAUGUUAUGGUUUUUGACGCAUGUGGCAAUUUCGCGAAAUUCACACCAUUUCUGAAGCUGAUCUAAUUUAAUUAAAGUUUUUUGUUUUUCAUAUUCUUUCACUAUAAUAUAAUAACUAUGAAAUGGAAAUUGUUCUCAAUUUAGGUAUAUGAACGUACGUUCACAUUUCUUCUGUUCUUCGAUGUUUUCAAUGUUCAGAAUUCGCACCUUUUUGAACAACAUGUUCUGAUUUACAGCUUUGUUGGCCAUAGUUAUUCAACAAAUUUGAAUUUUGCUCAUAUUUUAACAGACAUCAGUUUAGUUUAGCAGCGAUCAAUCAUUUUAGGCUGAUUUUGUCAGCAAUUUUACACAUCUUCUAGUUAAUUUUUUUUUUUCGGAGAUUUGAGCAACCCAAAGUUGACGUUUUUAGUAGUAAAAUGUGCAAUUCUUACGAUGCGAUGUUCCUGACAGUUUCCAAAACCCAUUAUUUUUUAAUUUUUUUUUUAUGAGUGUCAUUUUGAACAUAACAUUCACUUCCUAAAAAUGUAUGUGAACAUCCUAUUUCCUAGUUGCCUAUUCUAGGCAACUCUAUCAUUCUAAUUUAGCAAAACAAAAUAAAUAUAUUAAUAAUUCCGUUGACAAUACAGCAACGACUGUAUCUGAAACAGGUUGGAUACAUUAAUCUUCGAACUGUCGAGCUAUUUUAUCCAAUAAAUUGGAAAUUUUAUCCCUCUAGUGAGCAUGAAACUUUUGUUUGGCGUAUAUUCCAGGAUCCUGAUCAUUGAG